AACUAGUGGCCACAACUCCACCUGCUACUGUUUAGGAGCAAUAAUUUUUCUGGUUUUGACGUCAACUUCUUAUGAUAUUUUCGUUGUCAAGUUUCAAUUCUUGUCUAAAACAGGUUACAGUCUUUCAACACCUCUUUCUCAACCAUCUUCUUCCAUAAAUAUAUGCACAGACACAACCAUUCUCAAAAACAACCUACUUUAUUCUUCUGCAAAACAUCAUAUGGAAGACCUCAGUUUCUUUUUCGGAGUCAUAGGUAACAUCAUCUCAAUUCUCAUGUUUCUUUCUCCUGUACCAACAUUUUGGAAAAUAACGAAGCACGGAUCCACUGAAGAUUUCUCAAGCCUUCCAUACAUUUGCACAUUGCUUAACUGUUCUCUGUGGACUUACUAUGGAAUCAUAAAAUCUGGAGAGUACUUAGUGGCAACUGUUAAUGGUUUUGGCAUCUUGGUGGAGACAAUCUAUAUCAUUCUAUUUCUCAUAUAUGCACCAAAAGGGAUUAGGGCUAGAACUGCUAUUCUGGCUGUGAUUUUGGAUGUGGUGAUCUUUGCAGCAGCAGUGACUACAACCCUUUUAGCUUUGCAAGGAGAUUCUCGAAGUAGUGCAGUUGGUACUAUGGGAGCAGGUUUGAACAUUGUUAUGUAUUCUUCACCUCUUUCUGUGAUGAAAACAGUAGUUACUACAAAAAGUGUGGAAUAUAUGCCAUUCUGGCUUUCAUUUUUCUUCUUCCUAAACGGUGGCGUUUGGUUGUUGUAUGCUGUUCUUGUUCAUGAUGUUAUCCUCGGGGUGCCAAAUGGUUCUGGAUUUUUGCUGGGGACGAUACAACUGGUGCUAUAUGCAAUCUACAGAAAUGGUGGAAAAGAAGCUUCAAAGAACAGAUUGGAAGAAGGGUUGCAACAUGAACCAUUGAUCUCACAGCACAGGGCCACCUAGUUUGCUUCGACUUUUAUGCAACCUUCAUCAUUUCACCUUUUUUCUUUCUUUAUUGUUUCAUCUUUUCAAAUUAUAUAUGAAAAAGUAAUUCAAUCUUCAA